UCAAGCAGCGAAGAUUCUGCAGAUGACUCUUCCAGUGAAACCAAGAAGAAAAACCAUAGAGAUGAAGACUGGCAAAUGUCUGGCUCAGGGUCAGUGUCAGGAACUGGUUCUGAUUCUGAAUCAGAGGAAGAUAGAGAGAAAAGCAGUUGUGAAGACAGAGAAUCUGACUAUGAGCCAAAAAACAAGGUCAAAAGCCAGAAACCUCCAAGCAGAAUAGAGCCAAAAAGCUGCAAAAAGAUUGCAGGACAGAAAAAGAGGUAUCUUGAUUCAUCGGAUGAUGAUGACUAUGACAAGAAAGUGUCUCGUCGCCAGGCAACAGUCAACGUUAGUUACAAAGAAGCUGAAGAAACCAAGACAGAUUCUGAUGACUUGUUGGAAGUUUGUGGAGAAGAUGUCCUACAGCCUGAAGAAGAUGAAUUUGAAACUAUAGAGAAGUUCAUGGAUAGUCGAAUUGGCCGAAAAGGAGCCACUGGUGCUGCAACCACCAUCUAUGCUGUUGAGGCAGAUGGUGACCCAAAUACUGGAUUUGAAAAGUCAAAGGAGCUAGGAGAAGUACAGUAUCUUAUUAAAUGGAAAGGUUGGUCACACAUCCAUAAUACUUGGGAAACUGAAGAAACACUAAAGCAACAAAAUGUUAAAGGAAUGAAGAAACUGGACAACUAUAAGAAAAAGGAUCUGGAAACAAAACGCUGGCUGAAAAAUGCUUCUCCAGAAGAUGUGGAAUAUUAUAAUUGCCAGCAGGAACUUACAGAUGAUCUACAUAAACAAUAUCAAAUAGUGGAAAGGAUAAUUGCCCAUUCAAAUCAGAAAUCAGAAGCUGGUUAUCCAGAUUACUAUUGCAAAUGGCAGGGUCUGCCUUACUCAGAAUGUAGCUGGGAAGAUGGUGCUCUCAUUGCCAAAAAAUUUCAAGCCUGUAUUGAUGAGUAUUUUAGCAGAAAUCUAUCCAAGACUACUCCAUUUAAGGACUGCAAGAUUCUAAAACAGAGGCCGAGGUUUGUUGCACUAAAGAAGCAACCAUCUUAUAUUGGAGGGCAUGAGAGUUUAGAGUUAAGAGAUUACCAGUUAAAUGGACUGAACUGGCUUGCUCAUUCAUGGUGCAAAGGGAAUAGUUGUAUUCUUGCAGAUGAAAUGGGUCUGGGUAAAACAAUACAAACAAUUUCUUUUCUGAACUACCUGUUUCACGAACACCAACUGUAUGGGCCUUUCUUGCUAGUCGUGCCACUUUCUACCUUGACAUCUUGGCAAAGAGAGAUUCAAACUUGGGCUCCUCAGAUGAAUGCUGUUGUUUACUUAGGAGAUAUAACUAGCAGAAAUAUGAUAAGAACUCAUGAAUGGAUGCAUCCACAGACGAAACGAUUAAAAUUUAAUAUACUUCUAACAACUUAUGAAAUUUUGCUGAAGGAUAAGUCAUUCCUUGGUGGUCUGAAUUGGGUAUUUAUAGGAGUUGACGAAGCUCAUCGUUUAAAAAAUGAUGAUUCCCUUCUGUAUAAGACUUUAAUAGACUUUAAGUCUAAUCAUCGUCUUCUUAUUACUGGAACCCCUCUACAAAACUCCCUCAGAGAGCUUUGGUCUUUGCUGCACUUCAUCAUGCCAGAAAAGUUUUCUUCCUGGGAAGAUUUUGAAGAGGAGCAUGGCAAAGGGAGAGAGUUUGGUUAUGCAAGUCUUCACAAAGAACUUGAACCAUUUCUACUCAGAAGAGUUAAAAAAGAUGUAGAAAAAUCUUUACCUGCCAAGGUUGAACAGAUUUUGAGGAUGGAAAUGAGUGCAUUACAGAAGCAAUAUUACAAGUGGAUUUUAACCAGGAAUUAUAAAGCCCUGAGUAAAGGUUCAAAAGGCAGUACCUCAGGAUUUUUGAACAUAAUGAUGGAACUCAAGAAGUGUUGUAACCAUUGCUACCUCAUUAAACCACCAGAUGAUAAUGAAUUCUGUAAUAAACAGGAGCCCUUACAGCAUUUAAUACGUAGCAGUGGGAAACUAAUCCUUCUUGACAAGCUACUGAUUCGUCUACGAGAACGUGGCAACAGAGUACUGAUUUUCUCUCAGAUGGUGAGAAUGCUAGACAUCCUAGCAGAGUAUUUGAAGUAUCGUCAGUUUCCGUUUCAGAGACUUGACGGAUCAAUAAAAGGAGAAUUGAGGAAACAAGCCCUGGAUCAUUUUAAUGCAGAAGGAUCAGAGGACUUCUGCUUUUUGCUGUCUACCAGAGCUGGAGGAUUAGGUAUAAAUUUGGCAUCUGCUGACACUGUAGUAAUAUUUGAUUCUGACUGGAAUCCACAGAAUGAUCUUCAAGCACAGGCUAGAGCUCAUAGGAUUGGACAGAAGAAACAGGUUAAUAUUUAUCGGCUAGUCACAAAAGGAUCAGUAGAAGAAGAUAUUCUUGAAAGAGCCAAGAAAAAGAUGGUGUUAGAUCACUUAGUAAUUCAGAGAAUGGACACUACAGGGAAAACUGUACUACAUACAGGCUCUACUCCUUCCAGCUCAACACCUUUUAAUAAGGAAGAAUUAUCAGCAAUUUUGAAGUUUGGUGCUGAGGAACUUUUUAAAGAACCUGAAGGGGAAGAAGAGGAGCCUCAGGAAAUGGAUAUAGAUGAAAUCCUGAAGAGGGCUGAAACUCGAGAAAAUGAGCCAGGCCCAAUAACUGUAGGAGAUGAAUUGCUUUCACAGUUCAAGGUUGCUAACUUUUCCAAUAUGGAUGAAGAUGACAUUGAGUUGGAACCAGAACAAAAUUUAAGAAAUUGGGAAGAAAUCAUUCCAGAAGUCCAGCGGCGACGAAUAGAAGAGGAGGAAAGGCAAAAAGAGCUCGAAGAAAUAUAUAUGCUCCCAAGGAUGAGAAAGUGUGCAAAACAGAUCAGCUUUAAUGGAAGUGAAAGGAGACACAGUAGGAGCAGAAGGUCUGGAUCUGAUAGUGACUCCAUCUCAGAAAGGAAACGACCAAGAAAACGACGACCACGAACUAUUCCUCGCGAAAAUAUUAAAGGAUUUAGCGAUGCAGAGAUUAGGCGAUUUAUCAAGAGUUACAAAAAAUUUGGUGGCCCACUUGAAAGGUUAGAUGCUAUAGCUAGAGAUGCUGAGCUAGUUGAUAAAUCUGAGAUGGACCUUAGAUGUCUGGGAGAACUUUUACAUAAUGGAUGCAUUAAGGCUUUAAAUGACAAUUCCUUUGGACAAGAAAGAGCAGUGGGUAGACUUGGGAAAGUUAAAGGCCCAACAUUCCGAAUAUCAGGAGUGCAGGUGAAUGCAAAGCUAGUCAUCUCUCAUGAAGAAGAGUUGGCACCAUUGCACAAAUCCAUUCCUUCAGAUCCAGAAGAAAGAAAAAGAUAUGUCAUCCCAUGCCACACUAAGGCAGCUCAUUUUGAUAUAGAUUGGUGUAAGGAAGAUGAUUCCAAUCUGUUAAUAGGUAUCUAUGAAUAUGGCUAUGGCAGCUAAAUGAUAAAAAUGGACCCUGAUCUCAGUUUGACACAGAAGAUUUUACCUGAUGAUCCAGAUAGAAACCCCAAGCCAAGCAGUUACAGACCCGUGCAGAUUACCUCAUUAAAUUGCUGAAUAAAGACCUCGCAAGAAAAGAAGCACAAAGACUUAC